AUGCCAGGCACAGGGAAAAACUCUUUACACACAAGAUUACCUUUGCUUUCAUUCAAUCCCCGCAACAGCAUGUGUGGUAGCAACGUCCUGCCUGGCAUCCUGCGUGUGUCCAGCAACUCCCUGCACCCGGGCACCACUCCCGCAGCUGGGUUUGGCAUCCUCACAGCCUCUGCAGCACGUGCCUUCAGAGGGAAGAGACCCAGGGACUCGGGAGACUCAAGGCAUCUCCAGAGUCACAGCCUGAAGACAGAACCCCAUGCUCUCCUGGACAUAAAAGCCAUGCGGUCCCUGGUAGACACGAUCCCCUCCAAGCAUUUUCCAAAGCCCCAAGGGGCUGCUUACAAGACUCUCUGCCCAUCACCCCCAACCUGGCUGAGCUGGGACCACAUCAGCACCUGGCCUGACUCUUCUACCAGGAUGCCCUCCAAGACCAACACUGAUGCCUGA